GUAAGGGGAUCGCCAGUGCCACGCUCAAUAUUUUAAUAUUAUUUAAGAAAAAAAAAAUAGAGAGAGUGGUAUUCCGACGUCGAAAGCAGCUUAGCCUACUACCAAUUUGGCUUUAAAACAAACCCACUUUCACUCUCUCCUUUUUUCAUCGCAAAUAUCUCUUCUAUUCUCUGUUUCACGAUGUGAGAAAUCUUUGUCUUUUUCCGGAGGAACUCUUUCCAGAGGUUUCCUUCGAGGUUUUCAUUUUGUUUCCACUGGUUUAAUUUCAAAGUUCAAACGCUGGAAAUUUUUGGAAAGGCGGAGCUUCAAGUUGAUUUGGUUAAGUUGGUUGUGAUUUUAAUGGCAAGAGUUUGUGGACCGUACUUUGAUCCUGAGUAUGAGAACUUGAGCACCAGAAUCAAUCCACCCAGGGUUUCAGUUGACAACUCUUCAUGCUCUGACUGUACUCUAAUUAAGGUGGAUAGUGUGAACAAACCAGGAAUUCUGCUGGAAGUGGUGCAGAUAUUAUCAGACAUUGAUCUCAUCAUCACUAAAGCUUAUGUAUCUUCUGAUGGAGGAUGGUUCAUGGAUGUAUUUCAUGUCACUGAUCAGCAAGGAAACAAAAUUACAGAUAGAAAAACCAUUGACUACAUAGAGAAGGCUUUAGGACCAAAGGGACAGACCAGAGAGGGAGUGAAGACUUCACCAGGGAAACAAGUUGGUGUGCACUCUAUUGGGGAACAGACGGCCAUUGAACUCAUAGGCAGAGACCGUCCUGGUCUCUUGUCUGAGAUCUCCGCCGUCCUUGCCAACCUCCACUUUAACGUGGCUGCUGCUGAAGUUUGGACACACAACGGGCGCAUAGCAUGUGUUCUUUAUGUUAAUGAUGACAUGACAUGCCAAGAGGUAAAGGAUCCAACCAGAUUGUCCUUAAUGGAAGAGCAGCUAAAGAACAUCCUACGGGGUUGUGAAGAUGAGGAGAAAUCGGGUUACACUAGUUUCUCCAUGGGAUUUACUCACAUUGAUCGGCGGCUCCACCAGAUGUUAUUUGCUGAUAGAGAUUAUGAGGGUUGUGGACUUAAUGAAGAGGUUGCUUCUCCUCCUUCCUUCAAACCAAAGAUCACAAUAGACCGCUGCGAAGAGAAGGGAUACUCAGUGGUGACUGUCCGGUGUAAAGAUCGUGCAAAACUGAUGUUUGACAUUGUUUGCACACUCACGGACAUGCAAUAUGUAGUUUUUCAUGCUACCAUCUCAUCAGAUAGCCCUUACGCAUCACAGGAGUAUUAUAUUCGCCACAUGGAUGGUUGUACCCUUGAUACUGAAGGAGAGAAGGAAAGGGUCAUCAAAUGUAUAGAAGCUGCAAUACAAAGAAGAGUAAGCGAGGGCCUGAGAUUGGAGCUGCACGCAAAAGAUAGAGUAGGAUUACUAUCAGAAGUGACAAGGGUUCUGAGAGAGAAUGGGUUGUCAGUGUCAAGAGCAGGAGUCUCAACAGUUGGAGAAGAAGCAGUGAAUGUGUUCUUUGUGAGAGAUGCUUCAGGUAACCCAGCGGACACGAAGAUAAUUGAAACACUUCGAAAAGAAAUUGGGCAUACAAUGAUGGUCAAUGUGAAGAAAGUCCCAACAAGUAGUUCUAAGGCACCUGAAUCAGCCAGUGGGUGGGCCAAGACAAGUUUCUUCUUUGGGAACUUGUUGGAAAAGUUCUUGACUUGAACUGAUGAUGAUAAUGUCCAUAUGAAUGUAAAACAUAGAUUGCAAGUGUACAGAAUAACAUCAACCUGCUCAGCAUCUUGUCUGGACAGAGCUUGUCUAAUUGCAUGUUCAUGGUACGUAUGCUUGCAACUUAAGAACUUUUGUGGUUGGACUUUCAAAGUACAAUUUAUGACAUCCAUUUUGGCAGAGGCCGAGCUGUCCACAGCCUAUGGUGGCCAAUCGCCACUCUUAA